GCGACAGCAACGGUGGGGGUGGCUGGAACAAGGGGAAGAGCCUGGCACUCUCUCAGAUUUGCAAAGCCUUAACGCAACUGCGGUGUGUCCGCGGAGAGAAGGCGGCGCUCGUUCGGGGUGCUUUUAUUACGAAAUCAAUACACUACGAAGGAGGGCCAUGCCCUCUAUUUUCUCGUCGCUCUAAGCAGCUGGAAUCUCGAGUUGAAAAAUCCCGAGUUCAGAGUGCGCGGCUGCGCCCCUUCCUGGCAGGCAUCGGGUAGGGCUCCCUUUGAAGGAGUGGUGUCUCUCUGUGGCCUGCAGGAACUGAAGCGAGGGAGGCUGGAACAGGCUUCUUCUAUUCCGAGCGGCCCUCUGCCUAUGUUUGGCGCGACUCCCCUCGGGCUGGAGUUCUCCUUCCCGUUUGGGGAGACCUGAGCCGGCGGGGAAAAUGAGGCUCGCGCGGCCCUCCGUGGUCGUCCUCCACCUCGCACUCUUGUCUGUGGCCUGCAGCGAGGCUGGCGCGUGGGAAACGCAGAGCGAAGUGCCUCCACCAACAAAUGUUGCCAUAGAUUCAUAUAAUUUCAAUGUCUCCGUACGCUGGGAUUACUACAAUGUGUCUCCAAAGCCUCUUUUUACAGUGGAAAUCAUAUGCUAUGGCAGUCAGAGCAAUUACAUUGAAGUUGAUACCUGUGUAAACAUAUCACAACAGUACUGUGAUCUCACCCACAAGAUUAGUAAGACAUGUGAAUCUUUCUGGACAAGAGUUAAAGCUCUUGUUGGAUUCCGUGAAUCUGAAUAUACAUCUAAAUUGUAUGAUAUCACCAGGCAAGGCCAAAUAGGACCACCAAAGCUUAACCUCUCUCUUGUGGGUGAUGAAAUCCAUGUUUCCAUUGAGCAUCCUCUCACUCCAUAUCAUAAGAAGUUUCCAGUUAGUGUGAGAGAGAACAUCACUGAUUGGAGCUACAGAGUGUUUCUUUGGAAAACUGAAAGUCCAGAAGAGCGUGAAGAACACUAUGCAGAGAGAUGUGGAAGGCGUAAAUGUACUAUAAAUCUUCAAGUUCAUUCUCUGAAUGGCAGAUACUGUAUAUCAGCUCAAGGAAUUUCAGAAGAUACAUUGAUUGUUGGUGAAGAAUCAAAGGAAAGCUGUGUUGUUCUUCCUUCUACACAUACAUUAGGUGACAUAAUGGAGCUUCUCCAGCCUGUUCCAACUGCUGUGCACCGGGAAGAAGAGAACAGAUCUCAGACUCCACCAGAGGUUCUCGGAGAGAUUCACCAGCCUUCCAGGACUGUCCAAGAUGCCAAGUAUGGUGGAAAGAAGAAGAUAUCUCAAGCUCCAUCUGUGCCGCUUCCAACAAAUAUUACUAUAGAUUCAUAUAACUUCAAUGUCUCUGUGCGCUGGAAUUACAAUAGUGUGUCUCCAAAGCCUCUCUUCACAGUGGAAAUCAAGUGCUAUGGAAAGGAAUCAGACAAUUACAUUGAAGUUGACACCUGUGUAAACAUAUCACAACAGUACUGUGAUCUCACCCACAAGAUUAGUAAGGAAUGUGAAUCUUUCUGGAUAAGAGUUAAAGCUCUUGUUGGGUUACAUGAAUCUGAACAUGAAUCUGAAAGCUUUGAUGUGACCAGGCGGGGCCGAAUAGGACCACCAAAGCUUAACCUCUUUCUUGUGGAUAAUGAAAUCCGUGUUUCCAUUGAGGAUCCUCUCACUCCAUAUAAUACAACGUUUCCACUUAGUGUGAGAGAGAAUUUCAGUGAUUGGAGCUACAAAGUGUUUCUUUGGGAAAGUGAAAGUCCAAAAGAGCGUGAAGAACACCAUGCAGAGACAUGUGAAAUGCAUACAUGUUCUAUAGAUCUUCAAGUUCGUUCUUUGAAUGGCGGAUACUGUAUAUCAGCUCAAGGAAUUUCAGAAGAUUCAUUGGUUGUUGGUGAAGAAUCAAAGGAAAGCUGUGUUGUUCUUCCUUCUAAACAUACAUUAGGUUUAACAGUGACUAUAAUUGUUGGUUGUAUUGCUGUUGUGGUGGUGACAGCAAUUCUUACAAUACUAUUCCUAUGUUUAAAGAAGAAAAAUAUUAUGCUUCCUAAAUCUCUGGUUACUGUGGUGAGAAACUUAAACCACUUAAAUAGUUUUGAACCAAAACCAGAAUAUAAUUCUGUUAUAAGUGUUUAUAAGCCAGUAUCUCCAGAAUGUGAAGAUGGGAAAUCAGUGGAACAAAUAGAUCCUUUAGGAGAGGUUAAUGCCAUAGACUGUAGUGAAGAAGAGGAUACUGGUGACUUCAAAGGGACUUCAAGUAAAGAAGAAAUGUUGAGUAUCCAGGAAGGCACUAUUGUGGACAUCCCUGAAAGUGAACAAAGUCUUGAAGCCAAUGUCAAUUAUUCUAAAUCUGUUAGUGGCCAAGAAGAGAUGUGUAACAUUCUUCCAGAGCUGGAUCGUUCCAGAGCAGGUGUUCAACAACCUACAGACUUAAGAUGCUUCAAGGUUUCAGGGUAUGACAAGCCUCAUUGGCCGGGAUCAGACUCUGGUGCAGAAGAAUCCCUGGUUGCAGAAAGGCCCAAUGAAGCUUAAGAGCAGUGUUUCUCUAUAAGAAAACAUUAUUUUUAAAAACGUUGUUCUCUGGUCAUAUGCAAGUAUAACUUGUAGAUCAUUGUCAGCAUUUUAAUCAAAACAGGGUAACCAGAGUGAUUUUGGAGUUUCUUGGUAGGAAAUACUUUCUUAAGUAGCAUAAUGCCAAAGAUGUAACUAAGUUCUGUGAUAGCUAUAGAUGUCUAUGUGUUGCAGACCUAUAUACACUCAUGGUGAAUAUCUGGGCCUCUGUUGCACUGGCAAGGUGGAAUUAACCCAAAUGUGCAUGCCACUUUAGAAUCAUAAAGUAGGACGGGAUCUUUGAAAUUGACUAGUCCAGCCCCCUGUUCAGGCAGGAAUCUGCUACAUUGUCCCUGACAGAUGGCUGAAAACCUCCAGUGAAGGAGAGCCUGUCACUGUGUAAGGCAAACUAUUUCACUGUCAGAUGGCUCUAACAGUUAAGAGAUCUGUACUCAUGGCAACUUAAUAUGUGGUCACUCAAAAGGAAAUAAAAACAACCAGCCUCCAAGGCCACAGAAUUAGUGGUUAGGGCCAGCAGGGAAUUUCUGCUCAGACCAAAUGCUGCAGCUAUUGCUCGUUUGCUGUAUACCAUCGGAUACUCAUUUGUUGGCUUGGAGGCUAGCUAGAUGUUACUAUGCAUUUCAUCAGCCCCCUAUCUCUUAAUCAUCAGUGGUGAGUAUUAUUAUAUUAGACAUAAUGGUGUAUAUAACUCUUUACAGUGCAACAUGAGCAAAUAAAAAUGCACAGACCACUGCCCCAAGGGUUUUCAGUAUAAAAUUUCAGCAUUGUGAGGAAAGCCAUAGAGGAAGGAGAGAAGCAAAUGCAAUUACUCCUUCUUGGGAUUUUUUUCAAAGUAGGGACUAGGACUGAGGCAUUGGACCAAAGGUUUCAUGAAAAGGUUGUAUUUUGUGGAAGGAUUUGAAGUGAUCAGGGUACACGAGAGAAUGACAGUGACCACAAAUGCUUCCUGGGUGCUCUGGGAGGGUAUUCCAAACAGAAAAGCAAGAAUGGGCAGAGAGACAUGGCAUUGCUCUUAUUUUACCUUAGUUUUAGUUGUACCUUAAGUUUUGAGCAGCCAUCCAUUAGCAGCAAGCCAUAGCUCUUUAAAUGUGAUUCAUUGGAUGUUUAAUGUGCAGUUAUUCUUUAAACAACCUAGUUGCAGGUAAUCAAGAACUGACUUUAGACUCUUCUAUAUAUAAAAUUAUAUUGGAGUAAAUCAGAUACAAGGUGCAGAGAUCUCUUGCUGCUUUGACAAAUCUUGCUGCUGGUUAACUUUUCUCAUUGCAUUCUGUGAAUGAGUGAAAUGUAUUGCUACUAUCAGCCCUUGGUAGCCCCAGUUUGCCUCCGAAUGUGCUAACCAGACAGGGAGAAGACUAACCUAGAUCUGAUAUGCUAGCUUUCGAUAUAAACAUGCAGUCUCUGCUGUUGCAGUCUGAAAUUAUACAGCCCAGCAACAGAUACAUCAUGUAGAGGAACCUUUCAUCUCUUCAAGAGGAUUAAGAACACAACUUUUAAAAUAGAUGAUGAUUAGGAGGAAUUGAGAAUGGAGGCAAGGAAUUUAGGCUGACUAACACAUUUCUGGCAUGAAAACAGAUGUUUGUAGCUGCUUGGCUAGGAGUUCAGAACUUCUGAAAAGAGAAGUAGAAGUUCACAGAACUGAAAACUGCAAUGUACACCAAUUUAUCUAAGCUAAUACCCAAGACCAGAAUGCUGAGUGUGUGUCUAAAAUAGCUGUUGGAGCAACUUUAUCUCUGGAAACAGUUGGUCCAGUAAAUGCUUCUCAGCAUGAGAGCAUCAAUGUAUGUGCCAUUAUUUGUGUGUGGACUUGUUGCUUCCCCUAAAGUGAGUUGGAAAACACAUGGCAGCUCUGAAUAUAUUUAUCUCCUCUGCUGUGAGAAGUGCUUGGGAAGGAGGAGCUUUUCCUAGAUAACUUAAAUAUUUGUGGUAAGAGUAAUUCAUAGAGUACAGGGAUGGACAACUUAUUCAGCACUGAACUCUCUUUAGAAAUAAAUUACGAACAAGAGGGCCAUAGCUAGUUUGCCUAGUUGUAUGAAUUUCCAUCUACAGUUGCUGUGCACAUUGCACUUAUUCUACAGAUUUUGGCAUUACUACCCUCAAAACAUGGGGGAAAUUGUUAGACCGAACAAACAGUCAUUUAAGAUGUUGCAAGCUGUGAUAUAAGAAAGUUAGUCUUCACUCACUAUGUUAUCAUCUAGCAUUUUUCUAGGCAUAUUUUCAGAAUUAUCUGUAAAUAUUGGAACGGAUAGUUGGUUUUAUAAUGUAAUUUGAAGCUGAAUUUCAUGCCUGUGUUCCCCUCCAUUUUCUUUGAAUGUUUGAAGCUUAAGUGAUCAGGUCCAAAAGUUGCAGCCAAAAUCUGGAAGCCUUAGAAAAGAUACUGAUGCAAGAAUUCAAGUUGAAAAUCUUGGUGUAUAUACACAUGUACAUAUCUUGAAUAAAUCAUGUAUUUUCUAUG